ACCGUUUUACGUCACGUGACCAAUAAAUUUUUGUGAGCAAGAAAAGGUGAAGUGAACGGCGUUUCGUGUCUGUGUUUUUUUUGUGGAGAAAAUUGGGAAAUUCUUGCCUUUCCCCAACAAAUUUAAUAAUUACAUACUUUCUGUGAAUCCAUGCUACUAAACUAACUCUUUUCAAACCAAUGGCUGAAUUAGAAUUGCUUGACCUUACUGCAUUACAUAUAGCAGCAAUACAUGGACAACAAGACACCAUAAGGAAUUUGGUAGAGGCUGGAGCAGUCAUAGAUGCAACUGCAGAAGAUGGAUGGACUCCACUUCAUCUGGCUGCUCGCUAUGGCCAUAACAGUGCAGUUGUUGAAUUGCUUGAUAAUGGUUCCAAUAUGUAUUUAAAGAGAUUUAUUGAUCUUACACCUUUUCAUGAGGCUGCAAAGUGGGGGCACCUAGAAGUGGUUAAAACUUUUGUAAAUAGGGGAAUGGAUUGCAAUGUUAAAAACUGUAUGGGUACCACCCCUUUACAUGAAGCAGUUGCCAAUAACCAUAAAGAUGUUGCACUUUAUCUCUUAGAAAUUGGUGCAGAUGUUAAUGUUACCUGUUCUCUAGAUUUUACACCUUUAUAUUUUGCUGCCCAGGAAGGCAAUAUUAGUAUAGUAAAGGCUUUGAUUUGGAGAGGAGCUGAUGUAACUUUGAACAAUACUUUAUAUGUAGCCUCUUGCGAGGGACAUGUCAAUGUUGUUGCUGAACUUCUGAGCUCGGGUGCAUUGGUAAAUGGUAAAAAUGAGAUAUCUCGCACACCAUUACAUGCAGCUGCAGUUAAUGGCCAUUGUUCAGUUAUGCAGUUGCUUUUAGAAUAUGGUUCAGAGGUUAAUUUAGUGGAUAAUAGUGGAUUAUCAGCUUUACAUCUUGCAGCAUCAAAGGGCCAUGCCCAUGCUGUAUCAAUGUUACUGAAAAACCAUGCUAAAGUGAACUUGGUUGACAUAAACAAUCAAUCUGCAUUGCAUUUUGUAGCCAUAGGUGGUUGCUAUAAAACUUAUGUAUACCUAAUAGACUUUAGUGCUUGUGUAAAUAUAUCUGACAUAAAUUUAUUUACCCCUUUGCACUUAGCUUGUAAGCAUGGACAUGUAGAUAUUGUAAAAGGUCUCAUAAGUCAUGGUGCCUUGGUAAAUAGUACUAAUAGAGAUUUGCAUACUCCGUUGCAUAUUGCUGCUGAAAAUAAUCAAGUAAAGGUCAUGGAGAUUUUGGUAAAAAGCACUGAUUUAGAUGUGUUAAAUAUUGAUGGCAGAACUGCUUUACACAUUGCAUCAUUAAAAGGCUAUUGUUCUGUAGUAGAAACAUUAAUUUCUGCUGGAGCUGAUUUAAGUUUAUGUGAUAAAGAUGGCAAUACAGCCCUUCAUCUAGGCUCUAAGCAUUUAAGUAUCAUAACUGCCCUUAUUAACAAAGAGGUCAAUAUAGAUUGUAGAAAUGCUGAUGAUCAAACUCCACUACAUUUGGCUUCAAUACAAGGAUAUGUUGGUGGUGUUAAUGCUUUACUUGAGAAAGGUGCAAAAGUUAAUGUAACAGACUCCCAUCAAAACACAAGUUUACACUAUGCAGUUAAAUAUAAUCAAUUUGGUAUUGUUAAGGCUCUAAUAGAGCAUGAUGCUCAGUUAGGACUACUGAAUAGUGAUGGAAAUUCACCUUUGCUUUUAGCAACCAGCAAAGGGCUACGGAAAGUUGCAAAUCUUUUAUUAAGUCAUGGUGCAGAUUAAGUUUUAGUUUGUGAGACUAAUCAACCUAUAUUAUAAUUUUAGAUAUAAUUUCUCAGUUAUCUGAAUAAAUUUAAAACAAAAGUUUA